AUGACUAAGGAAAAGAAGCUUUCACCGCGUCGUCCUAAACGGAAGAGGCCCGAUAAGAUGGAGAAACAUCUGCGCACGGGGCUAUUGCAAAAGAGUUCUACAAUUAUUCUGUAUAAUUGUGUUCCUCUUCCCUUAGAAGAGCGUGAUUCGUGUCCUUUUGAAGAUUUAGGUGCUCAAAGUGGAGAUGAUUGUGAUGUGGUUGGCGAUGAAGAUUGUGAUGAUGUUGGGUACGAGGCUGCUGAAGAGGAAGAGGGUAACCAGGAUGAUAGAAACCAAGUCUUUGAAGAAGAAGAUGGAAACCGUGUUGGUGUAGAAGAACUAUUUUGCGAGGACUUCGAAGCAGAGUUUGGAGAGGGUGCGAGAGAAGAGGAAGACGAGACUGAUAACGACAGUGGAGAUGAUAUCUUUGAUGACGAGAAGAUACCUGACCCUUUGUCAGAAAGUGAAGACCAAGAUAAUGGCCAAGGCGAGGAUAAUGAAGACCAUGUAGAAGUCGAAGAUCCUGAAGUGCAGCUCGAGUUGGGGAAAACGUUUAGUUCACCAGAGGAGUUCAAGAUAGUUGUGCUCAGGUAUUCUCUGAAGACUAGAUACGCCAUUAAGCUGUAUAGAUCGCAGUCUUUGAAGAUUGGUGCAAAAUGUGCUAAUACUGAUCCUAAGGUCAAGUGUUUGUGGAGAUGCUACUGCUCUUACAAUAAGAAGAAACACAAGAUGCAAAUAAAGGUAUACGAGAGUAAGCAUGUAUGUGUGAGAUCAGGGUACAAUCACAUGUUAAAGCGAGGAACGAUAGCUUGGUUGUUUGCGGAUAGGUUGAGACAGAAUCCAAAGAUCAGACCGAGAGAGAUGCAAGCAGAGAUUAAGAGAGAAUACAAUCUAGAAGUUAGUGAAGAACAAUGUUCUAAGGCAAAGACAAAAGUGAGGCGAGAAGCAAAGGCUGGUCAUCAAGAGCAUUUCUUACGGAUAUGGGAUUAUCAAGCAGAGAUUAAUAGAUCAAAUCCAGGAACUGUUUUUGUGAUUGCGACUAUUUCUGGUCCGAUAGUUGGGAGCUUACUAAGGUUCUAUCGGUUAUUUGUAUGUUUUAAAUCACAAAGGGAUACUUGGAAGGAGACAUGUAGACCCAUCAUCGGAGUAGAUGGUGCCUUUCUGAAAUGGGACAUCAAGGGAUAUCUCUUGGUUGCUGCUGGAAGAGAUGGAGACAAUAGGAUAGUUCCACUUGCUUGGGCAGUGGUUGAGAUAGAGAAUGAUGACAAUUGA